GGCCUGGAGAGCGGUACCCUUCCGAAUCGCCCAUGCUGACAACCAAGACGCAGAAGACGUCACCAAGUCAUUACUGGAAAUGGAAUACUCAUGGGAAUAACCCAGAUUCAUCCAGUCUUACCCCUCCAGUGGCAUCAUUUCACUUCUUCCCAAACAACUCCUCCCACCUCGCCAACACUCUCCCCUUCAACUCCUCCGAGUACAACCCCUCCAUCCCCGCCUCUACACAACCACCCCCCCACCAACACCCCCCACCAACCCAACCUCCGGCACAACCGCCUCAUCCUGGCCCUCACCGGCGCGACGGGCUCCAUCUACGGCAUCCGCACGCUCCAAACCCUGCACAACCUAAAUAUCACCACGCACCUCAUCCUCUCCAAAUGGGCCCUCAGCACCCUCACCUACGAAACACCCUACACCCCCACCGACCUGACCACCCUCGCCACCCACACGCACAGUCCACGGGACCUCUCCGCGCCCCCCCCCCCCCCCCCCCCCCCCCCCAGCAGCGGCAGUUUCCCGCACGACGGAAUGAUCAUCGCGCCCUGCAUGAUGAAGACCCUCGCUGCGAUCCGCAUGGGGUAUGGGGAGGAUUUGAUCGCCCGGGCCGGGGACGUGUGUAUUAAAGAGGGGAGGAAGUUUGGUGCUUAUGGUGCGGGAGACGCCGUUGAGUGCCUUGCAUUUGGAGAAUAUGUUACACCUGGCGAGGUUGGGGGUUGUGGUG